UCGACGUAGCGAUCGCAUAUGGCGUAUCUUGCAUCGCUCCAGACUGCAUUGACUGCUUGAGUCCGAUCUCGUCGUUCCUCCGGGUUUCUCCGAAUAAACAUGUCGGAUCCCGAUUCGCAGGGCGGACACGCUGAGCACCGCUCUUUGCGGGACUGGGUUGUCGACUUCUUCUGGGGACCCCUGUCGAGCAUUUCCGCAAAUCCCCAGACAGAACAACUUCCUGAAACCCUAGAACCGAGCGAUAGAACCCGCUUGUUGAAAUUGGAUAAUGAUGGAGGUCCCGCAUAUGGUACAAGAGACGGUACAGCGCCACCGGAGCAGGAACGCCGAUGGGGUAUAUACUCGAUGUCCCCGAUCGAUGGAGGGUCUGGUUAUCCAGGAGAACAUAACCAGCAUGGCACUGGAGAUCCAAACUUCGUCCAGGGCCCAGAGAACAUCCCUAGAACUGGGUCAGAAAUGGCGUGGCCUGUGAAGAACCAUAAGACCAUGUAUAUAUCAUACUACAUUCCCUUUUUCAACUGGAUCACCCAAUAUCGUUGGUCUUACUUCCGGGGAGACUUGAUUGCAGCCAUGACAAUUGCAUCUAUCUACAUUCCCAUGGCGCUAUCCUUGGCUUCGAAUCUCGCUCAUGCCCCAGCAAUCAACGGCCUAUAUUCAUUCGUAUUCCAUCCAUUGAUCUAUGCAAUUCUGGGAAGCAGUCCUUUACUGGUUGUUGGCCCAGAAGCAGCUGGGUCUUUGUUGACUGGAACGAUCGUCAAGACUAGUGUUAGUCAAGGACACUCGCAAGAGGACGAUGAAGCUGCUAGUGCUAUGGUUGUGGGCGUAGCCACUGCCAUGGCAGGGGCCAUGAUACUGGUCGCCGGCUUGACUCGAUUGGGUUUCCUGGAUAAUGUGCUGAGUCGGCCCUUUUUGAGAGGCUUCAUUACCGCCAUUGGCUUCGUGAUCUUCGUUGACCAGCUCAUUCCCGAGGUUGGAUUGGCGGACUUGGCUAAGGAUGCCGGUGUCAGCCACGGAAGUACAGUGCAAAAGCUGGUCUUUCUCGCUGAAAAUGUCAAAAGCUGUCACGGGCUUACAGCUGCAGUUUCCUUCGGUAGCUUCGCCAUCAUAAUGCUCUUCCGAACGAUUAAAAAAGCACUGGAACCACGAUACCCCCAAGUCGUGUACUUUCCCGACCGCAUCAUUGUUGUCAUUCUAUCCGCCAUCUUGACAUGGCGCCUUGGUUGGUACGAGAAGGGGCUUGAAGUCCUCGGGGCAACUCAAAACACUGCUACUGGGCUUUUCGCAUUCAGGUGGCCCUUCCAACUCAAACACUUAAACCAUGUGCGCACUGCAAUGAGUACCUCCUUCAUGAUUGCCAUUCUUGGCUUCUUUGAGUCCUCUGUUGCUGCCAAGGGACUCGGAAAGAGCCGAGAUGGGGUCCAGGGCAUGUCUGUCAGUGCGAAUAGAGAGAUGGUGGCGCUGGGCGUUGCUAAUGUGGUCGGGGGCUGUUUCAUGGCUCUUCCUGCAUUUGGCGGGUAUGGCAGGAGCAAAGUCAACGCGUCCACUGGCGCCCGUUCUCCUAUGAGCAGUAUCUUCCUUAGUAUCAUCACCUUUGUUUGCAUUAUGGUGCUUCUGCCAUACUUGUACUAUCUUCCGAAAGCCGUACUUAGCUCUACGAUAUCAGUCGUCGCAUACAGCCUUAUAGAGGAAUGUCCCCAUGACGUUGCAUUCUUUAUCCGGUUGCGUGGUUGGACAGAACUUGCUUUGAUGCUUCUCAUCUUCGUCUCCACAAUAUUCUAUUCACUGGAGUUGGGUAUCGCUCUUGGAAUUGGUCUCUCUAUCCUGAUUCUUAUCCGCCACUGCACCCAGCCUCGCAUACAGAUUCUGGGGAAAGUAGCUGGUACAUCUAACCAGUACGACAAUGCCGAAUUGCACGCAGAAAAUGUGGAGCUCAUUGAGGGCGCCCUUGUUGUUAAGAUUCCAGAGCCACUCACAUUCGCGAAUACUGGUGAUCUCAAGAAUCGCUUGCGCCGGCUAGAGUUUUACGGCUCCAAUCGCACACAUCCUUCCCUUCCACGGUUGCGACCCCCCGAGCAUAAUAAGAACGUCAUUUUCGACGUCCACGGUGUCACGAGCAUCGAUGGCUCCGGCACACAGGUCCUCUCCGAGAUUGUGAAUGAAUACAUCGAUCUCGGAGUAAGCGUUUUCUUCUGCCGUCUCCCGAAUCGCAACGUGUUUCGCAUGUUUGAAAGAAGUGGCAUAGUAGAUCGGUGCGGAGGCAUGUCACAUUUUGUCACUGGUGUCGAUGAAGCACUUCGGAUCGCCGAAUCUGAGGCCCGGACAUCGGAGCCUUGAAGAAGUUUCUCCCGAAAGAAACCGGGAUCUCCGGUCGCACAGCUGGGCUACUCGUCACGACCAGGCCUUGUAAAUGAUUCACGACAUUGCACGAUAUAAGACAGACGUAUAAAAUGUAU